AUGAAGUAUAUCGCAGGAAUUCAUCUUUCUCAUGCACAAGGCAUUGAGUCUAUAGUGACUGCGUCCACUCUAGCAGCUCUGGCGUUGAUCGCCAGGGACCAGCGAAAAACUUUCAAAAAAGCUUCCACAGAGGGCGGAAAUCUCACAGCUGGCGCGACAACCCUCUUGGAACGACUUAUUACUCCUAUACACGGCGGCGCCCAGCUGAUUGCCCCACUUUCAUAUCUCGUUGGUGUCUUUUCCAAUCGAAUGGAGCAACCGGAAUGGUAUGAGCAAACUUCUUUCGACUAUCCCCUCAGCGUCGGAGCGAUGGCUUGGACUCGCACUGCCGCUGCAAUAUCCCUUCUUGGGACUGCCUGGGUGACCCGAACGAUCUUCAAGACAUUAGGAAAGCAAUUGCACUUCAUUGGAACCAGGGAAAAGGGUGAAAUUGUAUCCGUUGGGCCCUAUCGUUUUGUCCGUCACCCGUUGUACAGUGUCGUCCUUGGGCAGCUUGUCAUUGCUUCUGUGGCAUACUGGUCGUGGAUUCCUCUGGCGAGCUGUGGCAUCUGCUUAGGUGCAUUUGUUUAUAAGAUUCCUGUCGAGGAACGAUUAAUGGAAGGCGAUUCCUCGAUGGGACCAGCUUAUCUGGAAUAUAAACGGAAGGUACCUUACAGAAUCCUCCCUUAUAUCUGGUGA